GAAGCUGGAAUACAACAAUAUAUCCGGUGAUGUAAUGUCGCUUGCCAACUGACUCAGUCUUACUGUGUUGAACGUGUCAUACAACAAUCUUGUCGGAUUUAUUCCCACGGCCAAAAACUUCUCAAGGUUUCCACCCGAGAGUUUUGUAGGCAAUCCGGGACUCUGUGGCUAUUGGCUCAGCUCAAACUGUCGUGCGCCUCGUCCCUCUGAGCGAGUCUCGAUUUCUAAAGCAGCUAUACUCGGAAUAGCCCUCGGUGCCAUGGUGAUUCUUCUCAUGAUCUUGUUUGCAUCUUGUCGUCCCCACCAUCCAAAGCCUUUCACAGUCGGGCCUCCUGUUAAACUAGUUAACUACUCGUCUCCAAAGCUCGUUAUCCUUCACAUGAACAUGGCUCUUCACGUGUACGAAGAUAUAAUAAGGAUGACAGAGAAUUUGAGCGAGAAAUACGUUAUUGGCUAUGGAGCGUCGAGCACUGUGUACAAAUGUGUCCUCAAGAACUGCCGACCCGUGGCUGUCAAGAAACUCUACUCUCACUAUCCACAGUGUCUGAAAGAAUUUGAGACGGAGCUGAACACGGUGGGGAGCAUCAAGCAUCGCAAUCUCGUUAGUCUUCAAGGAUAAUCACUCUCCCCUUCGGGAUACCUUCUGUUCUACGACUACAUGGAAAACGGAAGCCUCUGGGACGUGCUCCACGGAACUACAAAGAAGAAGAAACUUGAUUGGAACUCUCGUCUCCGCAUUGCACUGGGCGCUGCACAGGGCUCGCAUAUCUUCACCAUGAUUGUAGCCCUCGGAUCAUCCACAGGGACGUGAAGUCGUCCAACAUUUUACUCGACAAGGACUACGAAGCUCAUCUCACAGAUUUUGGCAUCGCCAAGAGCCUAAGCACAUCUAAGACUCACACGUCGACGUUUUUGAUGGGGACUAUUGGCUACAUCGAUCCUGAAUAUGCUCGGACAAACCGUGUAACAGAGAAAUCUGAUGUCUAUAGCUAUGGGAUUGCGCUUCUCGAGCUGCUUACCGGAUGGAAAGCCGUGGACAACGAGUCCAAUCUCCAUCAACUGGUCAAAUUCCGGAAGAGCUUAACCAGCUUCAAAAUCUCUUCAUGCUGAAGCUGGAAUACAACAAUAUAUCCGGUGAUGUGAUGUCGCUUGCCAACUGCCUCAGUCUUACUGUGCUGAACGUGUCAUAUAACAAUCUUGUCGGAUUUAUUCCCACGGCCAAAAACUUCUCAAGGUUUCCACCCGAGAGUUUUGUAGGCAAUCCGGGACUCUGUGGCUAUUGGCUCAGCUCACACUGUCGUGCGCCUCGUCCCUCUGAGCGAGUCUCGAUUUCUAAAGCAGCUAUACUCGGAAUAGCCCUCGGUGCCAUGGUGAUUCUUCUCAUGAUCUUGUUUGCAGCUUGUCGUCCCCACCAUCCAAAGCCUUUCACAGUCGGGCCUCCUGUUAAACUAGUUAACUACUCGUCUCCAAAGGUUCACGGUCCUAGGUUCACAGUCUUUAGGAUUUACAACCGUUUGUGAAGUGAAUUGGCCUGGUUGAUGCUGAAUACCCAUAGCCUGUGAAAUCUGGCUCAUCUGGUUAUCGAUGCUCUUCAUGUGAAUAUUCAAGUCAUUCACAUUAGCUUCAAUCUGCACUAGCCUUUUGUUGGAGUAUUUCAUGCACUCUCCCGUUUGUUUCAUAAAAGCCAUUAACACAUCUUUCAGUUCAUCCUUCUUCGUUUCUAUGAUUUGGCCAUCUGAUACCUGGAAUCCGUGUGGUGGUUGCAAGGCAUUAUUUGGGUUCCCGUAGGACAAGUUGGGAUGCACCUUGUUCCCAUAGUGGUUGUAAUUGCCUCCUCCUUGAUAGGGGCGGUAAUUGUUGAAAUUUCUGUUAUUGCCACCUUGGUGAACGUAGUUUACAUCUUCGACUCCUUGUUGCAUCUCAGUCCCAACCUGCCUUGUUCCCAUAUACCCAAGCUUGUCAGUUAGGAAGUCCAGCUGCUUGGACAUUGUAUCCAUCCUAUCAAAAUCGGAGGUGGAUGCCACCCUAUAGGAUUUGCUUCUAUCGUUUCUCCAUCCCUCAUCAUUUGAAGCCACUUUCUCAAUCACCUCAAGUGCUUCAGCUUCUCCCAACUUCAAGAGAGAUCCUCCGGCGUUCAUGUUCAAUUUGCGCAUUGCCUCCAGCGUGCCUCCCCUGUAGAAGGUUAGGAUUUGUUGCCCCGGGCUUAACCCGUGGUUGGGGCAUCUUCUCAUCAACUGCUUGAACCUUUUCCAUGCCUCCAGAAUGUUCUCUUGAGGUUGCAUCUUAUAUUGAAUGACCUCUGCUUGGCGUUUGAGCGUCUCGCUAGGUGGAUAGUAUUUCUCCAAGAACAGCUCCACCAUUGCAUCCCAUGUGGGCACAGAGUUAAAACACAUGCUGUCAUACCAGUCCCUCUGCUUGGCGUUUGAGCACCUGUUCCACCAAAUGCGUUUGCUUCUGCUCUGUCUAUCAACCCCGGUCUCAAUUCAAAGCUUUUGGCCGCUAUCCCCGCAUUGUUAACUGGUGGAUUAGUAACUUGUUAACCUGUCUGUAGGCAAACUGAUUUUGUACGGGCACUGGCCUCACGUUCUGCUCAUCCAAUUGCCUCUGCAUGUUGGCCAAUUGCAGACGGAGUUGACGAAUGACAGGAUCCUCGUUGUUGUUCUCAUGAUUAUCCUCAUUGUUGUUCUCCCCUCCGUUCUCCAUUAGAAUUGGAGAAUGAGGCUCGUACUGUAUAGGUGACGGAAGUGGAGAUGGACUGGUUGAUGGAGAUCUCUGGAUAUGAGAAGGUAGACGCCUAUGAGCGGGUGAAGAAACCCGAAUCCUUUGGUUUAACCUUCUCUGCGCGUUCCUCCUUCUGUUGGAUGCUUCGAUGUCGGGAUCGAUAGGCUCUAAAGGUGGACCUUUAGAACGCGUGUGCAUACAACCUUAACAAUGGAACACAUCUAUUAGAGAACUCAAAAUAAAAAGUACAAAUAAAGCGAGUAAAAUCUAGAUUAGUAUUCUCAAUUAUUAUCACGAUAUUAAGCUAUAAUGACACACAAUUAUCCCCGGCAACGGCGCCAAAAACUUGAAUCAUCUUAUUUUAACACAAGUGAUACCCGC